GCGGAGUGUCAGAGGCGGCGGCGGGAGGCGGCGGCAGCCGCAUCUCCGAGGCAGCAGCUACACCGGCACCGGCUCCCGGCACAGCCCGCCGGACCCAGAAGAGGGCUCGGGGGGUCACCGUUCCCCCGGUGCCCCGACAGCGCCGACCACCAGAGCGGGCACAGAGUGGGAACCCUCCGCCGCAGCCCCCGGCCCCGGGCAGGAGCUGGCCGCCGUUCCCGGGACAGGACCGCGGGGAUGACCGUCCGGCAUGGCGGGGGCAUCCCUCCAUGCCCCUGCUGCCGCCCUCACGGGUGCUGAGGCUUCUGCCAGGGAGACACGACCCCCCCUCCUCCUGACACCACACCGUGCCACCCCCUGCCACCCAAUGCAUGGGAACUGCCUGCCCUCAUCUUGACAGGUGGCAGUGGGUGACACGGGGCGGUGUGGGUCCCCUGGCCAGUGCUGCCACAUCCCAUGGCGGUCCCCUUGGCUGCUUGGCUGUGGCUGAUGCACCUAGCCACCUGCCUGGCUGCUGGGCAUGGCAUGGCUGGCAAAAAGGAGAUCAGCAUGGAUGGGGACCUGGUGAUUGGGGGCCUCUUCCCAGUCCAUGAGAAAGGAGUGGGGAGCGAAGACUGUGGCAAGAUCAAUGAGCACCGAGGCAUCCAGCGCCUGGAAGCCAUGCUCUUUGCCCUGGAUGAGAUCAACAAGGAUAGGAGCAUUCUGCCAGGGGUGAAGCUGGGUGCCCACAUCCUCGACACCUGCUCCAAGGACACCUACGCUCUCGAGCAGUCCCUCGACUUUGUCCGUGCCUCCCUCACCAAGGUGGACGGCUCCGAGCACAUCUGCCCCGACGGCUCCUAUGCUGUCCAUGAUGAUGUGCCCACUGCCAUCACUGGUGUCAUCGGGGGCUCCUACAGCGACGUUUCUAUACAGGUGGCCAACUUGCUGCGGCUCUUCCAGAUCCCCCAGAUCAGCUAUGCCUCCACCAGUGCCAAGCUCAGUGACAAGUCCCGCUACGACUAUUUUGCCCGUACUGUCCCACCAGACUUCUACCAAGCCAAAGCCAUGGCAGAGAUCCUCCGUUUUUUCAACUGGACCUAUGUCUCCACGGUGGCCUCUGAGGGUGACUAUGGGGAGACAGGGAUCGAAGCCUUUGAGCAAGAGGCCCGCAUGCGCAACAUCUGCAUCGCCACCUCGGAGAAGGUAGGGCGCUCCAUGAACAAGAAGACCUAUGAUGGAGUGGUCCGGGCCCUGCUGCAGAAGCCCAAUGCCAGAGUGGUUGUACUGUUCACCAGAAGUGAAGAUGCCCGGGAACUGCUGACAGCUGCUCAGAGAGCAAACGUGUCCUUCAUGUGGGUGGCCAGUGAUGGGUGGGGAGCCCUUGAAAGUGUGGUGGCUGGGAGCGAAGCAGUGGCGGAGGGAGCCAUCACCAUUGAACUGGCAGCCUACCCCAUCAAGGAGUUUGCUGCCCACUUCCUUAACCUCCACCCCUACAAUAACAGCCGAAAUCCCUGGUUUCGGGAGUUUUGGGAGCAGAAGUUCAAGUGCAGCUUCCACACACAGGACUGUAGCUGGUAUUCCCUCAAGACAGGCAAGUUUGAGCCAGAGUCCAAGAUAACAUUUGUGGUCAAUGCAGUCUAUGCCAUGGCUCAUUCCCUUCACAACAUGCACCAGGUGCUGUGUCCCAACACCACCAAGCUCUGCGAUGCCAUGAAGCCUGUCAAUGGCAAGAAGUUAUACAAGGACUUCAUACUCAAUGUUAAUUUUGAUGCUCCAUUCAGGCCAGCAGACACCAAGAGUGUGGUUCGAUUUGACCCAUAUGGCGAUGGCAUUGGGCGCUACAACAUCUUCAACUAUCACUACGUGGAUGGGCGAUAUCGGUAUCAGAAGGUGGGCUACUGGGCUGAGGGGCUCGUCCUCAACACCAGCCUCAUCCCAUGGGCUGAGGCCUCCAUCCCCGUGUCCCAGUGCAGCGACCCCUGCAAGAAGAAUGAGAUAAAGAGUAUGCAGCCUGGAGACAUAUGCUGCUGGAUCUGCAUCCCCUGCCAGCCCUACGAGUACUUGCUGGAUGAGUUCACCUGCAUGGACUGUGGUCUCGGUUACUGGCCCAAUGAGACGCUGAAUGGCUGCUACGAGUUGCCCCAAGAGUACAUCCGCUGGAAAGAUGUCUGGGCCAUUGGUCCUGUCACUAUUUCUUGCCUGGGUUUUAUCUCUACUCUCUUUGUUUUUGGAGUCUUUGUGAAGAACAAUGACACCCCCAUUGUGAAGGCCUCUGGCCGGGAGCUCUGCUACAUUCUCCUGACCGGAGUCCUCAUGUGCUACAGCAUGACCUUCAUCUUCAUCGCCAAACCCUCCACUGGGGUGUGCACACUGCGGCGCCUGGGGCUGGGCACGUCUUUUGCUGUCUGCUAUUCAGCCCUCUUGACCAAGACAAAUCGUAUUGCCAGGAUCUUCAGCGGGGUGAAGGAAGGAGUCCAGCGCCCACGAUUCAUAAGCCCCACAUCGCAGGUGGUCAUCUGCAUGGCCCUCAUCUCUUGCCAGCUGAUCAUCGUCAUCAUCUGGCUGCUAGUGGAAACCCCUGGCACAGGCAAGGAAACAGAGCCUGACAAGAGGUACAUUGUCACUCUCAAGUGCAACAAUCGUGACUCCAACAUGCUCAUUUCUCUCACCUACAAUGUCCUCUUGAUUGUCCUCUGCACGGUCUAUGCCUUCAAGACACGAAAAUGCCCUGAAAACUUCAAUGAGGCCAAGUUCAUUGGUUUUACCAUGUACACCACCUGUAUCAUCUGGCUGGCCUUCCUGCCUAUCUUCUAUGUCACCUCCAGUGACUACCGAGUCCAGACAACAACCAUGUGCAUCUCAGUGAGCCUCAGCGGCACCGUGGUCCUCGGCUGUCUCUUCACCCCCAAGCUCCACAUCAUACUUUUCCAGCCACAGAAGAAUGUGGCCAGCCACCGCGUGGGCACCGCUCGGUUCAGCGUAGCACCGGCCAGCUCCAGCCAAUCCCACGGCUCGGCCUCGCAGUUCGUGCCCACGGUGUGCAACGGUCGCGAGGUGGUGGACUCCACGACGUCGUCGUUGUGAAGGAUGGGGGUGGCCAGGCCGCGGUGCUGCUGCUCCUGCCCGCGGCUACGCUGCACCCCGGCUCCCUCCCCAAGGAAAGCAGUGCCUGCAGCACGGCCAGCUCAGGUGCCGGAGACAGCCAGAAGGCUCAGCCCUACCCCAGCACAAGCUACGCUUCCAGUGUGUUGGGUCACAGCAUGUGUCACCCGUCCCUUGCACUGAGCCACGUUCUGUGUUCCCUGUCCCCUGCACUGAGCCAUGGUGUUGAACUGAGCUGUGAUAUACAUCCCCUGCCUCGUACCUGCACUGAGCCAUAGUGUAUGUCCCUCUAAAUCACCUGCACCGAGCCAUGGUACAUGUCCCUUGCACUGAGCUGUGGUGUACUUUGCACAUUCCCAGCACUGAGCUGUAGUGCAUGUCCCCAUUCCCUGCACCACUCUGUGGUGCAAGCUGCUCCACCUCGUCUUUUGCACUGAGCCCUGGUACAGGUCCUGGUCCCUUGACCUCUGCACCGAGCUGUCGUGCACAUCUUCAUGGCCCUGGCAGAGGGCUGUGGUGCACGGCUCGACUCCCCCUUCACCAAGCCGUGCUACAAAUCAUGCUUUGCUUGCACUGGCCACACCCCAACUCCUGCUCCACGCUGAGCCCUGUGCUGGCACAUCACCCUUACCCCUGCUGCAUUGCCCAUCCCUUCCCUGCUGCAGGGCCUUUCCUGGCACCCAUGUGCCACGUCACACCCAGUGUCCCACUGCUCCCUGUACUUUGCAGCUCCACUUUUCCCUCCCUGUUUUUGGCCCCAGGAAAGCUGUUGAGUGCUGCUGGGCUGGCCCCAAGCCCCCUCCCUUGCUGUGCAUAGUGCUUCUCACCCCUUUGCAGGAGAGGGGGCAGGGGCAGAUACCAAAGUCUGCUGUGCCCUGGCUCCUGCGGAGCCCAGAGGGGUCUGGCGGGGCCUGGGCAGGUAUUUGAGCCCAACCAAGUUUUUAAGAGUAGAUGAAUUUCUCUGAACAAGAGUGUCAUUUUCCCCCCUUUUGUAAUUUAUGUAAAUAAAGUGGUUUGGUUUUGU